UGAGAGUCGAUAGAGCACGUUGAUAUGUCGCGAAAUGUGCAUUGAAAUGCAGUACGCGCGUGAGAGCGCUCAGGUACAGAGUGAGACGUACUUAACAUUGUCUUCAGUUUGUCAGAGUGUGUUCAAGCUCGUUUGAAGAAGAGGCAAACGCGUCCCAGGCACUAUGCAUUGGAUCAAGAUAUCAUUCAUCCUGUGCAUGUUUGGGUGCUUCAAGGAUUUCCGACCUUCCGAAUCAUUCAUAACGAAUUACUUAAUGGGACCAUGGAAGAAUUUCACAAGCAGUGAGGUAAAUCAAGAUAUUUAUCCUGUGAGCACAUACAGCUAUGCAGCGAUGUUGAUAUUUGUCUUCCUGAUUACGGACUUUGUUAGAUAUAAGCCCAUUAUCAUACUCUGUGGCUUCUCAGGUGUCAUCACCUUCACUCUCAUAUUACUUGGCAAGACUGUGAUGCAAAUGCGAAUUAUGGAGUUCUUUUAUGGGUUGUUCCUAUCAGCAGAGGUAGCCUACUACACAUACAUAUAUGCCAAAGUGGAUAAGGAGCAUUAUCAAGAAGUGACAGGUCAUACCAAGGCAGCCUCCUUGUUUGGCCGCAGCAUGUCUGGUGUAGUGGCACAGUUAACUGCUUCCUUCAACUUGUUGGACUAUCAUCAGCUGAAUUAUAUAACUCUCGCGGCUUACUGCAUAGCGACGAUCUGGGCGCUCUUCCUACCUUCCGUAGGUCAAUCGAUCUAUUUUCAUCGCGCGGAUGUCGAAGAGAAUCUCGCCGCCAAGCAGGAGAAGAAGAUUGCUCAAUCGAGGCGAAAUGAUUGGCGACGGCUGUGUUGCGGCAGAUUUAAUGAUGGUGACACGUUUGAUGAGCAGCACCAAUUAUUGUGCAAUAUGUGGUUGCGUCGUUCUAAAACGUUCCUGUGUGGCACCGAGCACGGCACGAGGCGCAAAAUGUUCCGCAGUAUCGUGCAUGCGUAUGCGCUGCUAUGGAAGCAUUUCGUACAAGCCUAUACUAAUCAUCGCGUACUCAAGUGGUCUCUAUGGUGGGCCCUGGGCACUUGCGGUUAUCUGCAAAUCGCUAAUUACAUGCAGUUGUUGUGGUUGGACACGGUGCAGUCCAAUGACGAGAUCUACAACGGCGCGGUGGACUUCAUAUAUGCAAUUAUAGGUUCGAUGACCGUAUUUUGCGUAGGAAAGAUACGACUGAACUGGAUUGUAUGGGGAGACAUAUCGUUGUCCAUAUUCUCGUUUCUCGGAGGUGCUAUAAUGAUCGAAUGCUCUUACAGCUAUAAUAUCUGGUUCCUCUACGCCGGCUACAUCAUAUUCGGCGUAAUUUACCAUACCAUGGUUACCGUAGCGAGCUUCGAGGUUGCCAAGUACAUCUGUGAGGACAGUUAUGGCUUGAUAUUCGGCAUGAACAUCUUCGUCGCACUGGCGGCGGAGAGCCUUUUCACAUUCGUGGUUGUCAACACGCUCAUGUUGAAUAUCCGGUGGCAGUACUUCGUCUAUGGCGGCUAUUUUGUGAUUCUGGGUUUUAUGUACCUGCUGAUGGGAAUUCUCAAUAUCGUGCAAUUUUACCAAAGUGGCGAGUGCUCCCAGUUGUUGACCAGCAACGAAAACAAAUCAUCCAUUACGACGCAAACCAUAAGUAACGAGAGCGACAAUACAUCGACGGAGCUACAUAAUGACUGUUGAGGCAGAAUGUACUCUAAGUCUCGAUCUACAAUAGAUAUAGUAAGCUUUAAGCCUUAAGAAAUUGACAAAUUACAGUCUAUUAUUUUCCUCAAAUUUGACUGUAAUUGGUGAAUUUCUUAAAGCUUAGGGCUUAUUGUAGAUCGGGACUAACAAAUUUGUUAAGUAUAGAGGAUAAAACAAGGCCACUACUUAUCAAUCGUUCGGAUUGAAUCCAUACACUUAAUUUUAUAGAAUAUUUUUGCCGAUCGAUCGUAGAUAUCUUUUUACAAACAGUGUGCAUUUGUUCCUAAUAGUUUUAGACAGAUAUAUUAAUUUUAUAUAUCGUAUUUGUACCCAGUUGGCGAAAAAUCGUUGUCAGAAUGUUAUUGCAAUGAUAUUGAAUAGCAUAGAUUUUCUAAUGUACAGCUUAACGUUAAUCAAUAUCAUCGUGACUAACUUCAAUAUACAUCAAUCUUCUUAAAAUAUUUUUAUAAUAUUUUCAUAAUAUUAUUCAAAAGGAGAUAAUGUGGUCGUUUUUUAUACGGCAGGUUACUCGAAAGAAUCACAUUACAUUGAUUUCUUUCAAACAUUUUAAAAUAUUGAGUGAAAUUGUUAAAAAAGAGAUAAGGAUAAAGGUAACACUUCAAGAUGUUGGUCUAAUAUUUUUUGUUUACUGGGUAUAUUGGGUACAUGCAGUAUUAGAUCAUGUUCUUAGAUACUUUUAUUAGAAUAAGAAAGUCGAGAGUAUUAAAUUGGCGCAAAGAACUCAGUAUUUUUCCGUUUUCAUCGAAGUCCAAAGACUAAAAUGCUUCGAACAAAAAAACUAACUUAUGAAGAUCAACAUUGAUCAAUUAAUUGAUUGUACAAUUAAUCGAAAUUGUACAAUUAAUUUUAACUUUAGCUACGACAAAAACGACAAGUUAUUUGCACCAGUUCAGUAUUGUCACUUUAUUAUGAAAUACGAAUGAUAAUUAGGGAGUGCGUGUAUAUAUUAUGAGCCUGACUCAUAAUAUGUAUGUGUACCUGAGAAAGUUUGUUGCAUUUAUUUUUCCCAAAGAUUUAAUGCUCUCACGAAGCAUCUCCCCCCUCCCUUCGAGCGUUUAUAGAAAUAAAUUAUAUAUAUAGAAAUUAUAUAUGGAAAUAUAUUUGAAUAAAAUGUUAUAUUAAUAUAUAUCAUUGUAGAAAAUGUUGUUUGUAUAAAUAACAUUGUACAAAAAAUAUAUUGCAGCAAAAUGCUGUUAUCGAGUUUA